AACACAAUGUUUUCAAGCCUUAGAUAGAAUAUCAAGACAUCAUGACGAAGGCAAAAUUGUUUUCAUUUGUCAUUUUAUUAACGUCUGCAAUUUCUGUCUCGUUUUCGGAAUAUGCAUCGACUUGCAAAAAUUUUGAUUGUGAAUAUAAAUUGUUAUCAAAAUUGAUACAGCUGGAAGAAAGAACUGCUCAACAGGAGAACAAAAUAGCUCUACUUACAGCCAAGCUUGAAGAUGCUGAAAAAUCACCAACACAUGACAAGAAAAUUGCUCUAUUAGCCGCAAAACUAGCAGAUGCUGAACAAAAACUAGAAAAUCUGAAUAACACACUUAUACAAACCCAGAAAUUCUCUGAUGGUGCCACAUAUAUACGCUGGGGUCGUACCACGUGUCCUGGUAAAGCCGUCCUAGUGUACGACGGUUACGUUGCUGGAUCACAUUAUACUCAUAGCGGAACUGCAUCCAAUCCUUUAUGUUUGCCAAAAGAUCCAGAUUUUGAAGAGCGUACCGAUGGUUUUCAAUCUGCAACUAGGAUAUAUGGAGCAGAAUAUGAAACAAAUGGAUAUCCGAGAUGGACGUAUCUUCAUGACCAUGAGAUUCCAUGUGCAGUUUGUCGAAUACCACGUAAUAACGUUCUGAUGGUGCCGGGAAAGAAUCGUUGUCAUGACAAUUACAUGUUAGAGUAUAAAGGCUACCUUAUGGCUGAACACUACAGUCAUGCUUCAUCUUCUGAAUUUGUGUGUGUUGAUGGAAAUCCCGAAACGUUAGAGGGAACUCAUCAGAAUUUGAAUGGGAAAAUGUUUUAUUUUGUUGAAGGCGAAUGUGGUUCACUACGAUGCGAUCCAUACAAAAAUGGCUGGGAACUGACAUGUGCUGUGUGUUCUUAUUCAUACAAUGGGAGAUCGACGAGUGUACAGCCAUACACUUAGUUUAUACACACACUCAUAAAUGGACAAUAUACAAACUAUGGGCGAUAGAAAAAAGAGAAUUAGAAGUAAAAAUUAAAAUAAAAUAACUAUUGUUAUAUCAUCUUUUGAAAUUCUUAUUAUAUUUAUGUAGCAUUA